AUGGCCGUCGAAGAGGCAGGGUCCGCCACCAAGUUCUUCCUCGAGGGCGAGAGCGGCAGAAACACCAGAGGCCUCCUACGGGUCAUCAUCUUGGUGACUAUUGCUGCUGCUGCCGUUGCGAGCAGGUUGUUUUCUGUCAUUCGAUUCGAGAGCAUCAUUCACGAGUUCGAUCCGUGGUUCAACUUUCGGGCAACAAAAUAUCUGGUCAACAAUGGCUUCUACAACUUUUGGGAUUGGUUCGAUGACCGAACAUGGCACCCCCUGGGACGAGUCACCGGCGGUACUCUAUACCCAGGCCUCAUGGUCACGUCUGGGAUCAUCUACCACGUCCUCCGUUUCCUCGCCCUUCCUGUCGACAUUCGAAACAUAUGUGUGCUGCUAGCACCAGCAUUCUCUGGCCUCACAGCCUUCGCGACCUACCUCCUUACAUCCGAAAUGACAACCUCGCCCUCAGCAGGGUUGCUCGCCGCAGCAUUCAUGGGAAUAACUCCUGGCUACAUCUCGAGAUCGGUGGCAGGUAGCUACGACAACGAGGCGAUUGCUAUCUUCUUGCUGGUCUUCACUUUCUACCUGUGGAUCAAGGCGGUCAAAGAGGGGAGCAUCAUGUGGGCUGGCUUCUGCGCAUUGUUCUACGGAUACAUGGUCAGCGCGUGGGGUGGAUACGUCUUCAUCACGAAUCUGCUGCCGCUGCACGCUUUCGUCCUCAUUUGUAUGGGACGCUUCAGCCCGAGGCUGUACGUGAGCUAUACGACGUGGUAUGCGUUGGGCACAUUGGCGAGUAUGCAGGUGCCGUUCGUUGGAUUUUUGCCGAUCAAGAGUAGCGACCACAUGUCUGCAUUGGGCGUCUUCGGUCUUCUGCAGCUGGUUGGCUUCACCGAGUACGUCCGCACUCAAUUGCCAUCGAAGCAGUUCCAAACGCUACUCCGCGGCCUCGUUCUGGUCGUCUUCGCAGCAGCGUUCGGAUUUUUGGUCCUCCUCACUGUCUCGGGCACCAUCGCACCCUGGUCUGGUCGCUUCUACUCCCUCUGGGACACGGCAUACGCAAAGGUACACAUUCCGAUCAUUGCUUCGGUCUCAGAGCAUCAGCCCACCGCGUGGCCAGCGUUCUUCUUCGACCUGAACCUCUUGAUCUGGCUUUUCCCAGCCGGUGUCUACAUGUGCUUCCGCAACCUCAAGGACGAGCAGGUCUUCAUCGUCAUCUACUCCGUCCUCGCCAGCUACUUUGCUGGCGUCAUGGUACGUCUGAUGCUCACACUGACGCCGAUCGUGUGUGUUGCUGCCGCUAUGGCCUUUAGCCACAUCUUGGACACCUUCCUGGUCGCAGAGAAGCCUGCGGAACCAGCUCAACACCAAGCAAAUGGUCCGAGAGCGAACGGCUCUGCCAAUCUCUCCGAGAAGUUGGCUGCUGCGGUUCCGGACACACUCCGAUCCACCACAAAGCCCAUCGUAGGCAUCUACUCCUACCUCUCCAAGGCCACCACGACCGGUGCCUUGACCGUUUAUCUCUUGCUCUUUGUGCUCCACUGCACAUGGGUGACUUCGAACGCGUACUCUUCGCCGUCCGUGGUGCUUGCGUCUCGACUUCCCGAUGGUAGCCAGCACAUCAUCGACGAUUACAGAGAAGCCUAUUAUUGGCUUCGGCAGAAUACUCACCAGACCGCCAAGGUCAUGAGUUGGUGGGACUACGGCUACCAAAUUGGUGGCAUGGCGGAUCGGCCGACUUUGGUCGACAACAACACCUGGAACAACACGCACAUUGCGACGGUUGGCAAGGCGAUGUCGAGCCGGGAGGAGGUUUCAUACCCGAUCAUGAGGCAGCACGAGGUCGACUACGUGCUGGUGGUCUUUGGCGGUCUGCUCGGGUACAGCGGUGACGACAUCAACAAGUUCUUGUGGAUGGUCAGGAUCGCUGAAGGCAUCUGGCCCGACGAAGUCAAAGAACGCGACUUCUUCACCGCCCGCGGCGAAUACCGCAUCGACGACGAAGCCACGCCCACCAUGCGCAACAGCUUGAUGUACAAGAUGUCCUACUACAACUACAACUCCCUCUUCCCCGCUGGCCAAGCGACCGACCGUGUGCGUGGCUCGCGGCUCCCCGCGCAAGGGCCCGAGUUGAGCACGCUGGAGGAGGCUUUCACGUCGGAGAACUGGAUCAUCCGGAUCUAUAAAGUGAAAGAUCUGGACAAUCUGGGCCGGAGUCAUCAGGAGGCUUUGGCGUUUGAGAAGGGGAAUAAGCGGAAGAAGAGUGGGAAGAGGCGGGGAGCGAGGGUGUUGAGGGUGGAUUAG